CUCUCUGUCUCUCUAUCUCUAUCUAUCUCUUCCUCUUUUUCCACUUCUUCCUCUUUCUCUCGCUUCUCGCAGUCGAUCUAUCUGUCUGUGGCGCGCUCCUCGUGCCUUUUCCUCUCUUUCUAUCAGUGUCGAUUUCUCUCCCUCUUCCUCUCUCUCACUCUCUCUCUCUCUCUCUCUCUCUCUCUGUACCUCCCUCCCUCCCUCCCUCCCUGUCUCUCUCUUUGUCUGUUAUUCUCUUUUCGGUGUAGAACCUCAGUUCGGAGUGAAUCGUUUGGUGGAUUUCCGCACUGUAUCAGCUCGGUAUCGGCGUGGCGUAUCGCGUGAGUUUGAAUCAACGUGCGGGCCGAACGUGAGCGACCACCUCGCGGGAACACCUCAUUCUGGCUGCUCUCUCGCCGUACAAUUACCCGAUCUAAGAUUUCACUAGCGCAUAUGGGGGCAAAUUGUAACAGUGGCUUCCUCCCAGCGGUUACUGCGGCGACUCCUAGUUUUAGAUCGAUUCUCUCUCGGUGUACGUACAGACACCCUCGCCCUCGCCCUCGCCCUCGUCCUCGCCCUCGCCCUCGCCCUCGCCCUCACUCUCACCCUCACCCUCACCCUCGGCUCUCUUUCUCACCACGAGUUCACCCGCAGCAACCUCGCCCCACGCGCGCCACUCUCUUCCGACUGACGACCACUAUCUCCUCGUGUUCCCUACGAUCUAUUCCCACUUCGCCAGGUCGCCCCAAACGGUGCUGCCUGCACUCUAGCAACCCUUUAGCAAUCACCAGCGCGGUAACGUACGAGUUCUGCAUUACCCUCUGCCCCGUCGAUAUAUUCUUAAACGAAAUAAAGCAUAGACACGACGCGCACUGCAUUGUUAUCACGAACUGAAAUUGAAAACACAAAAGUAUCAAAAAAUGAUACAAAGUGAUGGAAAUAAAACAAAUAUUGCUAAAGAACCUAAACACAAAUACGUAAAAGAUAAAGCAUACGUAGUGUUGACGACGGACAAUUAGCGACAAGGGGAUACGCGCGUUAAUCGCGAUCGCUGCAACGAAUCAUUUUUCUGUUAUCCAUCCCUACCUUCAUCCACCAUUUAUUUAUUUAUCUUUAUCUUUAUCGUUCAAAUAUUCAUACUGUCGCGUACUAGCUAAAGACAAAUAUACGCGGCUCACGCAAAUAUUCGAACACUUGCAGACAUCUUUCGUGAAUAUAUUGCGUACGUUAUACGAAACAUUUGGAAAUUUCAUUAGCACUGUUAUAACAUUUGACUAUCGUGAUUAUAGUCGAGUCGAACCUAGGUAGCCUGUAACAGCGAUGGAACCUCGAGGAAAGUGUUAAUAUCUCCGAAUUUUAGAGGUUUCGAUUUAUCAAAAUUUCCAUUUACCGUGGUCACCGUGCACGUGAUCGAAGAGAGAAGAAAUAGGGAUACGCGGCUUGAUGUCGUCUUACGUUGUUUGGAACAAACGUGUAAUAAUUAAAAGAAAGGAGACAAUGUGGAACGAUUGAUUUCUCAUAUACUUUGACACACACAGCAUAGCUAUAGAUACACUUGGAGUUGCAGAGAUCUGGCUAUCCUACGUUCGAUUUAAAUCCGAGUUAAAUUCAAGGUAAAAUAAUGCAUCUGUACACGUGACAAAAAAUUCGAGUUAAAGUAAAUUUUAUUUCGACUUUUAGAGUCAGACUCUUUUGGAGUAAACAAUAUUGUAUAGCCUUAUAGGGGGUUUCGAGCUACAGAGAUUCGUGUUAUCAGGAUUCGACUGUAUUGGUAAAGUUUGAAACAAAUCGGAUAGUAUACGUAGAAAUUUCAAGAUAUUUAGUGGAAGAAUACAUGUUUCACAGAUACCGCAAAACUAUUCAAACAGUGAAUUAUAUUUUAAUAAACGUCGGUUUAAUAAACGGUAUUCGGUGAGAUCAUAUUAUUUUAUUAUAUCAUUUAUUAUAUUAUACGCUUAAGAUGACUGCUGUUCACGCUGUACACUAAUUUUUCACAAACAUACGUUUAGACACGAUAAAUAUUUUAUAAUUUCUAUAUACAUUUUGAGAUUCGUGUAAAAUUUAACCAAUAUAAUAACGAUAGUCGUGUCUCGUUGCAGUGCUGAUGAAAUUUCAAAAUGUUUUAUAUAACGCGUAUACGAUAUGUACUUGAAACAUUUCUAUGUCAAAGUAAGCUAAGUAUCGAAAUAUUUUCGUGAGCCGGUUGAUAAAGUUUGCGAUCAAAUGGAAUUUCGUUUUAGUCUUCCACUAGUUAUUCUAUCCAAAGCAAAAGUUUAAGGUGAAGUUAUUUGAUCGCGUUACCUUGACAUUGUCUUGACAACCGCAAACGCACCUAUAAACAAGGGGUGAAAAACUCUUGGGCAGUCAAUACGAUCCUGCUCGAACUUUCAUAACAACGGCAAAUCCUUCCGUUCCGUAUUUUAUGAUUAACAUCGACCAUCCAAAGAUCCACGGGAAACCACCCGUGAACAAGUCUCUCCUAUCGAAAUAUGUCGAGUCCAGACAAAAGAAACUCACAGAGGAGAAUAUUAUGUACGAGAGAAGAGAAAUCAACGAUGAUUCCAACGUCAUCAUGGAGAAAAUGGGGAAUGCUGACUGCAAUCAAAACUUCGUCGAAUCGACUGCAUGCUCGUUCGAGAAGCUUUGCAGUAUGAUCAGUGAUCUCGAGAAAGACAUUGCCGUGACGAUUCCAGAAAUCGAUCAGUUACAGCUGAAACCAGAGAAAGACGAGUCCGAAGAGAAAUAUGUAGCAACUGGAACUGUGUACGACGACCUAAUGUCUUUUUUGGCCAAACUCGAAGAGGGUAGCUGAUAAUAAUGUGUUUCAUCGGUUCUUUGGAUGAUACCAAGAUAAAUAUACCAGAGAUAGACGCCACCACCAUAUUUGGGGAGAUAUUUGGUAACCUGCAGCCACUGACUAACAAAACUGUGGUGAACUAUGACAGCAUUGUUUCAGCCCCUAGCGAUAGCCACUAUGCGUUUAAAGAGGAUUUAGCUACGGCACAGCUGCAACUCGAAGAAAAGAACGCUACCAUAUCGCUCUUGAAAGAACAAUUAAAGACGGAAAGGAGAUUGGCUUGCGACAGGUUGGAAAGUCAGAGGAAGAGCAGCGCCUCCAAACUGCAGCAACAGGACGAGAAAUACAAGGGGAUAGUUAAAAGACAUCAAAAGUUUAUCGAGCAGCUGAUCUCAGAGAAAACCGAUUUGACCGAGAAAUGCAAUUCGUUGGCGCAGAGGGUUAAAGAGAUCGAAAUAAAAAUGCAACGGGAUUUGAAGGCUGCAACAGAGAGGCAUACGGUAGAGUUGCAACGAGCGAAAGAGCAUUUUGCCGCCGCUGAGAAGAUUAAACGGGAGAGAUGGAUAGAGGCCAGAACGACAAAGAUCAAGGAAAUGACUGUGAAAGGUUUGGAACCCGAGUUACGUAAUAUGACGGAGCAACACGCCGAGGAAAUUCAGAAGCUAAGAAAUAUACAUAUGAAAGAACUACAGGACACCGAAUUGCGUAUAAUACGCCAUUCUAAUCAACAGUUGGAACAACUGCGUCUAGAAUUGAUCGCCAGUCACGAGAGAAUGUUGGCCAACGAGAAGAAUAUUUUGUGGACCAGAUACCAAGAGCAGCUGGAGGAGCAGGAAAGCCAAUUUAAAGGACAACAAACGAAACUUUUCCAAGAGUUGCAACGCGACAGAGAAAACUUUACCAAGGAACAAGCUAAACGAGAAGCCGAAAUGCAGGCCAGUUUGCAAAAAAAUCAUUCGCAGUAUCAGAGCGAGGUCGAGACUCUGAAGCAGCAACACUCGAACGAGAAGAAGACUCUCGAAGAAACGCUGAAGGCUGAGUGGGAAGCUUGGUUGGUCAAUUACAAGAGAGAACAGAACUUACGAAUUGAACAAGCCGAGAGUAAGAUAAAAGAGGGGUGUAACAAGGAGAGGGAUCGACAAAUCGAACUUGCCAUCGAACGUUUAGAAAAAGAUUUUCGAAACGAAAGAUCGACGCUUGAACGAAACGUUGAUUGCAAGCUCAGAUCUUUGAGGGACAAGUACGAAAUGGACUUGCAAACCGCGAUAGAUAACGAACAGCUUCAUAAAACUAAGUUAAUGCAGACGAAGGAUAAACUGGAGAAAACCGAUGUUCAGUUGCAACACGCGGAAAACAAGUUGCAGGAAUACGUAUCCGAGUUGAGUAACGCAAACGAGGUAAUCAAACGGCUAAGUAUGGAAAGAGACAACUCGAAAAAAUUAGCGAGGCAAGAAAUCGAAGGGGAAAAAAGGGAAUUGGAGGAGAAAAUUGCUUCGCUUUAUCAUGAAAUCACUCGUAUCAAUGCGAAUAGAGACACCUCGAUGACUCAAUUACACAGCAGAAUAAAACUGAUAAUGACUCAAAAAGCACUGACGAUCAAAAAUUUGACCAAAGAACGUGAUGACGUCAAAUUAAAAUGUCAACAUUUGGAAAAGUUAUUGGACCAACAGAGAAGGGAAUAUAUUUUAAAAACUUUAUAAAUAACAAUGUUGUCGUUUUGUGACUUAUUCGAUCAUAUGUGUUUCUUUUUUUUUACUUAUGCGGAUAGGAUUAGGUAUGCAUUUCGUAUAAAAUAAAUAAAACCGUCUUAAAUGA